CCCACCCCCUUUUUCCUGUGUUACUCCGCUGUGGCGGAAGUAAGUCGUAUCGCUGAGGCCUCAUCCUUCCAAUGGCGACUGCAAACAGGCUGAAUAGAAAGCGGGAGCAACCGUGGAGGGGGUCAGAGCUGUGUAACCGAAAUUAAAUAAAUAUAUCCUAUUCUCUGUAGUCAUAAAGUUAGCCUAAAAUUUGUUUCACCUCUCCAAAUCACGGCCGAUUCAAUGGCCAAAAAUCGGAACAUUUCGCUCGAGUCGGAGCUCUAUUACUUGAUUUCUCGUUUUCUAACAACGGGUCCAUGUCGGAGAGCGGCUGAGGUCCUGGCGAGCGAACUAGAGGAAUAUCAGCUCUUACCCAGGAGAUUGGACUGGCUGGGAAACGAGCACCCGAGAACAUAUGAAGAUGUGGUUGCAGCUAACAGACAUAUUGCACCAGACCAUUUGCUACAGAUAUGUAAGCAGAUUGGACCAAUUCUUGACAAAGAGGUGCCAUCAUGUGUCCCAGGUGUACACUCUCUCCUGGGGUCUGGAAAGCAGUCAAUGCUUAGGACCGCAAAAGACUGCGACAGUGUGCGGUCUAAAGCUUCAUCAUAUGCAGCCCUUCACAGGGGCAGACCACCAGAGAGGCCUUUGAACUGCAAGAAACCUCCACACCUAGUGAAGAUCCUUCGAGGGAGAGAGCUGACAGGAGCACAACGCUUCAGCUCCAUCAAUCCUGUCAGCAACUAUGAGCGCAUGCGACUGCAUAGGCGGAUUCUGGGGCAUCUGUCUGCAGUGUACUGUAUCGCAUUUGAUCGCACCGGUCUCAGGAUCUUCACAGGCUCGGAUGACUGUUUGGUGAAGAUUUGGUCUUCGUUUGAUGGAAGGCUUCAUUCGACGUUGCGAGGACACUCUGCAGAGAUCACAGACUUGGCGGUUAAUUAUGAGAACACCCUAAUUGCCGCUGGAAGCUGUGACAAGACCAUCCGCGUAUGGUGCCUUCGUACCUGUGCUCCCGUGGCUGUGCUGCAGGGGCACAGUGGAUCCAUUACCUCCCUACAGUUCUCACCGUUUGCCAAGGGCUCAAAACGUUACAUGCUGUCCACUGGAACUGAUGCUACUGUCUGCUUCUGGCAGUGGGACGUCAACAACAUCAACUUUAGUGAUCGGCCACACAAAUUUACGGAGCGGCCGAGGCCAGGAGUUCAGACUGUGUGCUCUUCAUUCAGUCCAGGUGGGAUGUUCUUAGCAACAGGAAGUACUGAUGAUGUCAUCCGAAUAUAUUACUUGGGAAGCGGGAGUCCAGAAAAGAUAUCAGAGCUCCAUGAGCACACAGACAAAGUCGAUAGCAUCCAAUUUUGCCACUCAGGUGAAAGGUUUGUGAGUGGAAGUCGAGAUGGAACAGCGCGGAUCUGGAAGCUCCAUCUGCGGCAGCAGUGGAGGUGCAUCUUGCUCAACAUGUCUGCCACUCUUCCAGGUGCUGAAACAAUGAGUGAAGAGGAAAGCUACUUCAAACCCAAAGUCACCAUGGUAGCGUGGGAUCGCCAUGAUAAUACAGUCAUCACGGCUGUUAACAACCAUCUCCUCAAAGUGUGGAACUCCUACACAGGACAGCUGCUACAUAUCCUUAAAGGCCAUGAGGCUGAGGUGUUUGUCCUGGAACCGCACCCUUUUGACCCCAGGAUCAUCCUGUCUGCCGGCCAUGAUGGGAAUGUCUUCAUAUGGGAUCUGUUGCGAGGGUCAAACACACAGCACUACUUCAACAUGAUUGAGGGCCAGGGUCAUGGAGCCGUUUUCGACUGCAAAUUCACCCCCGAUGGCCAGCGUUUCGCUUGCACAGACUCCCAUGGCCAUCUGCUCAUCUUUGGUUUCGGCAGUUCCAAGCCGUAUGAGAAGCUUCCGGACCAGGUGUUCUUCCACACCGACUACCGACCGCUGAUACGGGACACCAACGGCUUUGUGCUGGAUGAACAGACACAGCAGGCGCCCCAUCUCAUGCCCCCGCCCUUCUUGGUGGACGUAGAUGGAAACCCCCACCCACCAAGGUACCAACGUCUUGUCCCAGGACGGGAGAACAUUGCUGCUGAACACCUGGUUCCUCAGCUAGGAUACGUAGCCACCAGUGAUGGCGAGGUGGUGGAGCAGGUGAUCAGCCAGCAGACUGCAGAGCAUGAGGAAGUUGCAGUAAGACGCAGCAGCCUUCUGGACGAGGCCAUCCGACAUCUCCAGGAGCAACAGGACCGGCAGACCCAGCCUGGGAAUGAGGCAGCGCCAGGUGCUGUACCAGGACCAGAAGGGCAAGCUGAGGCACAAGGCCCAUCCUUAGCACCGGCACCAAGCACUCCACGCAGAGUGUCUGUGAACGAUAGAGCAGAUGUGCAGUCACCCCCUAAUGUGGGUCUGCGCCGCAGCGGACAGGUGGAGGGUGUCCGGCAGAUGCACCAGAAUGCUCCUCGCAGCCAGAUGGCCACCGAGAGAGACCUGCAGGCCUGGAGACGCAGGGUGGUGGUGCCUGAACUGGCACCCAGCAGCUAUGGGGACCAGGAGGACAUUCGAACAGCCAAAGGAGAUGAGGAGGUGGCUCUAUACAGUGCAAAGAAGAGGCGCAUUAUCUACAGCAGCUGUCGAGAUGAUUCAGAUGAUGAGCCUUCCACUGCAAAGCGAACGCACGGCCGCAGUGAUGCGCAGGAAUUCAUCGACUUGUCAUGUGAAGAGGGAGAGGAGACUGCAAGCUCAGAGGUACACACUGAGGACAAUGAAUUGGAUGGCAGUGAACUGGAAUCCUCCAAUGAUGAAGAGUGGAAUAGUGACAGCUCAAGCCACACGUCCAGCGAGUACUCUGACUGGACGGCAGACGCUGGUAUCAACCUGCAGCCCUCCACUCCCUUGUCGUCAAGGAAAAGAGUGCAGCGCCGACUCAGCAGCUCUGAAGAGGAGGAGGAAGAGAAUGAGGAAGACGAGGAGAAGCAGCAGAGUGACGAGGAGGAAAAACCUGGGAAGAAAAGCAAAGAGAAUGCCAAGAAAGUAAAGAACAAGUCACCCAGGCGUCCAAAGGCCAGACCAUCCAUCAACAGAGAAGUGUCCAAUGAGUUCAGACCCUCACCAUGGAUCACUGAUGUCAUUCCAAGGAAGUCUCCUUUUGUUCCCCAAAUGGGCGAUGAGGUGAUCUACUUUCGGCAGGGACACGAGGCCUACGUUGAGGCAGUGAGCCGGAAUGAACUGUAUCCCAUCAACUUAGACAAACAGCCCUGGAAGAAAAUGGAGCUGCGGGACCAAGAGUUUGUGAAGAUCACUGGGAUCAAAUAUGAAGUCUGCCCUCCAACACUUUGCUGUCUGAAGCUGACUCUCAUUGACCACGGCACUGGCAAAAUCACAGACAAGUCGUUUUCUGUCAAGUAUCACGACAUGCCAGAUGUGAUAGAUUUCCUCGUGUUGAGGCAAACCUAUGACGAGGCACUCCGUAGAAACUGGCAACCAAACGACAGGUUCCGCUCAGUGAUAGACGAUGCCUGGUGGUUUGGGACCAUCGUCUGUCAGGAGCCCUACCAGCCAGAAUACCCUGACAGUCUCUUCCAGUGCUUCAAAGUCAGAUGGGACAACGGGGAAAUAGAGAAACUGAGUCCUUGGGAUGUGGAACCUAUUCCAGAUGAUGCUCAGCAGCCAGAGACUGAAGGAGGUGGUAUCCCUGUGACACCAGAUGAGAUGAGUGAGCUGAUGUACAAGCCUCUGCCAGGGGAGUGGGGGGAGAGGAGCAGGGAUGCGGAGUGUGAACGCAUCAUCGCUGGCAUCAACCAGCUCAUCACCGUCGAGAUUGCAGCUCCCUUCUCUGGUCCUGUGGACUUAGUCCAGUAUCCUUCCUACUGCACUGUGAUCGCCUAUCCCACAGACCUGGGCACCAUCAGACUGCGACUCAUGAACAGAUUCUACAGGCGCCUCUCAGCAUUAAUUUGGGAUGCCAGGUAUAUUGCACAUAACGCCCGCACUUUCAAUGAGCCAAGGAGCAAGAUUGCCCACUCCGCAAAAAUCAUCACAAAUGUCCUCCAGAAAUUUGUCAAUAAUCCAAGCUGCACAGAUAUCAUGGAGAUUUACAAUGCUGUUGAAGAAAUGGAUGAUGAUGAUGAGGAAGAGGAUACAGAAGCACCAGGAACAUCCUCUGGACACAGACUACGUCAGCGCUCUGUAGAGGUGGUGCCUGACAGAGACGCCUGGAAGGAACAGUGCAAGAAACUGCUCAACUACAUAUUUGAGUGUGAGGACUCAGAACCGUUCAGACAGCCUGUGGAUCCUCAGAACUAUCCAGACUACCAUGGCAUCAUUGAUACACCAAUGGACUUUAGCACAGUGAAAAGGACCCUGGGGGAAGACCGCUAUGAAAACCCUAUAGAGCUGUGCAAAGACACCCGGCUAAUAUUUGCCAACGCUAAAGCCUACACACCCAAUAAACGCUCCAAGAUUUACAGUAUGACCCUGCGGCUCUCUGCCUUCUUCGAGGAGCAUAUCAGAACAGUCAUAUCUGAGUACAAAACUGCUGUCAAGAGCAGUGAUAGGCUCCGCCGCAGUCAGAGGUUCCGCAAGAAAAUGCAGCAGCAGGAUCAUCCCACCACCACAACAAGUCAAAAGAGAGCUGUUGUAAAAACUCAGGAAAAAGUGGAGUCGACGUCAGUGACCAAAUCUACCUCAGCCAAAGUGUCUGUUCCUGAGAGAGCCAGGAGGAGUCAAAGCAGCAGCUCAGGUCACAGCUCCUCGGAGGACGACUCCAAAGCUGCAUCAUCAACACCAGAGUCUGACAGUGAGAGUGAGCUGAGUGAGUCGGAAGAGGAGAAACGUCCAGGUUCCUCAAGGCACCAUCAACUCAGACAGAAAGCAAGAGUUACAAGACGCAACUGUGCCAAGCAGAGGAAAAAAGUUGCAGAGAGCGAUAGUGAAGAAGACGACGAAGAGGAGGAGGAAUUUGACAGUGAACGUGAAGAUAGAGAGGACAGAGAGAUGUCCUCCCAGUCUUCAGGUCGUCGCUACCCCAGCAGGAGUAAAAAUAGCGGGAGCACACGGCUGACCAGAAACAGUGCUGGCGCAGACAGGAAGCGCACAGACGGCAGAGCAGAGGUGAACGGUCACGGCAGCAGGUCGUCUCGCAGGGAGAGACGUCACCACCAGGACUCUGACAGAGCCACGUCCCAGGGCUCUGACAGGGAAGAGGAAAUCACGGUUCGCAGGUCACUCAAGAGAAAGACGGCGAGGGCAGCUGUAAAUAAGAUGAAACUCCUUGAAGCAUCAGAUGAAGACUUUGAGGAGGAGGAGGAAGAGGAGGAGGAGAAGCCAAGAAGGAGCAGCAGCCGCCUCCGCCACACAGUCCGGGUCAGCAAACGCACCGCAGUGAUCCAGAGCAGCUCAGAUUCUGAUGAGGAGUCUUCAGCACAGGCCUCUCAGAAAACAAAGGAGUCAGGUGGUGAAUCCAAGGAUGAGGAGGAUGGCAAUGACAGUGAUGCUUCAUCCUCCUCCCAGAAUCAGCAGAAUGGAGACACCAGGUCCAACAAACGGAGGACAUCAAGACAAGCUGCUAAGGAAAAUGAUACUUUGUUCCAUGUGAACGGACACAGUGCAAAACAUCACAAGUCUGACAGCAACUCUGAGCAAGAGGAAGCUGCAGAGGAGAGUUCUGGAGAAGCUGAAGAGGAGGAGGAACAGGAGGAUGUGUCUCAGAAACCCUCUAGAAGCACAGCAACCACUCCAGCCAGGAAAAAGAGGGUUACAAGUGAGGAGGAGGAAGAGGAGGAGGUAGAGGACACUGAUUGCAGGACCACACGACACAAACCUCCUGUAAGCUCAGAUGAAGACGACAAAGGCCGCAGGUCUCAGACACACCAAAAUGGAAGAAGUGUGGAGAAAGCCAUCCACAAGGACUCUAAGAAAAAGAGUAAAGUUUCACCGUCAAAAAGCCAAGAUAAACAAAAAUCUGCCUCAACUAAUAGACUUGAUGGUGCAGAAUCAGAGGAACUCUGUGAUUCUCCUAAGAGAUCCAGCCCACGCAAGAAAAUACUGAAAAAAGACGAAGGACGCAAAGUAGAAAGCAAUCACUCCAGUGAGGAAUUAGAGGUUGAAACAAAGUCAAAGAGGCCGAUAAGAAACAAGACUAAAUCUAAACGGCCUCAUGGUGACACCUCAGCUUCAGAGAGUUCAGAGCAGGAAUACAAACCCAAGAGGAAGUUGAGGAGGAAACACUCCACUGGCUCAUCAGACGAAGAGUCGGAUAAUUCAGACAACACAUCAAAUAGACGGCUGAGUCUCCGAGCCCUACCAAAAAAGAAAUACAUCAGUGACAACUCUCUUUCUGAGGAAGACUCUGCUUCUGUGAGCCAGGGUAAACAGAGAAACGGUAACAAAACACCCACAGCACCUAGAGAAGACAGGAAUAACAAGAGAGAGUCUAGCAGAACCUCUCCCAAUGAAGCCAGGAAUCAGCUGUCUUCCAAAAGAAAACGUAUUUACACCUCAGAUUCUGAAGAUGCAGAGGAGGGUGGAGAAAAGGAGCCAGUGUCAAAAAAUAAUAAAAAGAGCAGGUCAGGCUCCUCAAAGCGUCCCAAAAGGGAAUCCAAACAAGAGGAUGGUAACAGCAACGAGGACGACACCUCUUCCCAGUCUGAUUCCAGCGAGGAGGAGGAAGAGGAGGAGGAAGAUAUUGGUCGUUCGAGGAGCGGGAAGAAAAGCGCGAGCCAGCCAAAACACAAACGGAAGGAAAGCUACAGCAGCAGCAAUCACACUUCUGACUCAGAAAGCGAGCAGUCGUCUUCGGCCUCCGAAAAGUCGUUUGCCAGCUCAGGGUCCCACAGCAGUCCAAAGAGGAGAAGUCACAGACGUUCUGGGAUCGGUGAAAGGACUGCCAGCCGCCAGCUGAGGCAGCGCCGUCGCCGCUCUGCCUCAGAGGAGGAGGACAGUGACGAGUCGUACAGCAAACCGCAGCGAAAGACACGCGUUAACACCCGUAACCGGGGCAAGCGGACGGUAAGUUAUCACGACAGCGAAUAAAGGACGUAGCGGCUGGAACUACAGACAGAGACGGACAUUAAUAACUGGAGACCUUAAAGACACUUGAUGGCCAUGUUAUGGUAGUAGCACUGGAGUCCUCGAGAGAAAAUGCUGUGAAUCUGUUUCAUUCAGGGAUAUUUAUAUUUUCUAUGAAAAACAUGUUUAUAGAUGUAAUACAAAUUCAAGCAUUUGAACUGCUGGUUUUCACAAGGAUACAGAGCAAAACACCACCUCCCAUACGGCUUGUUGUGAUUUGGCCAGCAGAGUAAACAUUCUGGGGAAUCUUGUCAGCUUGGGUGCUAUCUAAUAUACCUCUGUUUAAUCAAGCAUAUUGCUGGCUUGCACUAAGAUACACUGUAAUGAGGUAUUUCAUACACUAGUUUUGCAUUAGAAACUCAGGGGUCAACUAAGUUUACUGUAGUCUCAGACAUGCAGUUGUUUUUUGAGCUGAGGUAAGGACAAGAAACAAUUCCAGGUUGGCAGAUGUCCAAGCACACUCACUGGGACAAAACGAAUCCAUGUUCAGAGUUUUGACUACAGCACUCCUUUGUAAAUCCACACACUUAAAGCUUGACUGUAUUAUGAGUUGAUAUGAGCCAAAUGAACAAAUAUGAAUUCUUUUCCCCAUACCAUUUCAUUUUGUUAAAAUUAGUUUUGUGUUGUAUUCUAGUGAAUAGGUGUAAAUAUGUGAUUGAGGAUGACUGUCGGAAAGGUUUGGCGAUCAGUCAGUAGCAAAACGUUAAUUUAAGUUUGAGUUUCUUUAUUUUUCUUUUCUUUCUUUCUUUCUUUCUUCUUUUUUUUUUUUUUUUUUUUUUUUUUUUUUACAUUUAACUACAUUGUCUUGCCAUAUGUCACAAAUUGGUACCUUUUUUGCCAAGUACAAGUAACCAAAAGUACUUAUCGCAAAAUACUGUGAUUUCUCAUAUUGGGAAGACCUUUUUAUUGUUGUCCUGUGUUACCUACUUUCAGUAUUAAAUUCUUUUUCAGAGUUGACUUCAAACAUUUUGCCAGUCACAUGGUUUAGUUUUGUUUUUGGGGAGGUUUCUAAAUACAGUUGCUUUAUGACAUUUUGCUUAAUGUUUUUCGUACUACACCUUUUAAUAACAGAAUUCACAGGAAAACUAUUAACGCAAUGUGGUUGUGGAGUGCAAUGAAUGCAUUAUUCCUCCUAUUAAUAAAGACAUCAUUUCAAGGUG